ACGGUAGAGUGAAGGUCGGUUCUCCACUAGCGAGAGUGCCGAAUAAAAGAUCUGACCGAGGCUGCUCGAAAAGGGCCUCAUGCGCGCUGCCUUUGGCUCAGUCUACCGUCUUUGUUGCCUCGUAUUGCCGAAAUAUUCGGGAUGGAGCAUCGUGCCUUGCGGUUGGCCCAACUUUUUCUCUUUGUGCUAUGGGCUAAUAGCCUAAUAACAAUUGGAUUAGCAGGUGCACAACAGCAGAUCAUCUGCAAUGAAUCCUUCAUGCUACAGAACUUGCCAGUGUGUGGAAAAUCCUUUGAAGAGAUGAUGCACAAAGUGGAUUCUACAAAAUGGUGCAAUCUGACAGAAUUUAUACUGUAUUACAACAACUUUAUUCUAUGUACAGAACACAAGGUUUCAACAGCAAAGUGCUUUUGGCCUAACCCACUGGCUGAAGGCUUCAUCACUGGAAUCCAUAGACAAUUCUUUACAAACUGUACCUCAGAUAAAGUGCAUUGGGAAGAUCCUCCGGAUAAAGUUCUGGUUCCUUUGAUUUUUAUUCCAAUUCUUCUAACAGUUGCCAUGGUUGGUUUAGUGGUAUGGUGUAGCAAAAGAAGUGAUAUUUUGGUAUAACUCAGCAUUCAUCACCAUAUUGUUCUUUCUUUUAUUGAGAAUGGAGUCGAAACAUUAUAUGUACUGUAUAUCUACAUGUGUGUGUGUGUGCAUGUGUGUGUAUCUGUAUACACAUACAGAUAGACACAUACAUAUAAAGACACAUACAUAUAAAGACAAUUUUGGCAAGCAGAAUCUACAUUCUUCUGUAGCUACAUAUAUCUACUAUAAACAUUAUUUCUCCAGCAGUAUAAACGUUGUUCUGAUAAAAAUUAUAGCUCAUGACCAUAACUCUGUAAUGAAUAGAAACUGAAAACAAUAUCUGAAUGUACUAUAUACAAUGGAAGUUUGUGGCUUUUAAACUUAAGAAUGAACCUUUUUUAAAGACAAUACUAUAUGUGGACUGUAGAUUUGAAAUGUAUGGACAUGUGUACUGAACAAUUAUAUUUAUGGUAGGGGCUCUUUGGAAUUAAUUGUGAAAAUCAAGGAUAUUUAAGUAUGAACUUUGGGAUUUAAAUAGACUGUCCUUGACAAAGACAUAUAAUAUGUGCAUACAUGUGCAGCAAAAGAAAGUGAAACACUGAAUAACGAAUGAUCAGAGAAUUGUCAUAAUUAUGCUGGCUCCUCUACGAAUUAGUAAAUAAGAAACAUGUCCUUGAAUGUUUGCAUCCUGGACUGGAAAUCUACAGAAUGGUUUCUUGAAAGGAUAUAGUUUUCUUUUACAAAGCUGCAAAGAGAAUGAGAGGAAAUUGGUCAACUAGAAAUGUAUUCAAGUGUCAAAGAAACUGUUAUAUUUGUCUCUUUAUGUGUUUUUAAACUGGUAAUUUUAAGACAAUUUUCCUUCCUCCUUCCUUAGCAUUUUUUUUAUUUAUUUCUGAUGUGCUUUUAAAUGGUCAGAUUGCAUAAGAAAAAAAUAUGGCAAUCAUAUUAAUACUGAUGCAUUUCAGAUUUUGCAUAUUGAAAUACAAUUUGUAUGUUAGAUGUUUUGAAUUUCCACACAGACUUGCAUAUAUAAAAGAAAUGAGUUUGGAUUAGCAAAUACCUUAGACUUUUUCAGAAGCUAUACCUCCAGUCAAAUGUACAGAAUAAAUAAUUUAUAUUCUUAUAGAAAAUCUCAGAUUUGCUAAUCAGAAGUCUUCUGUAACAUCAAAAUUACAUUAUAUAACAGUGUUAACAUCCUCAAUUAGAAAUAUUUUGUUUGUUACCUACAUAAUUAACUAAUACUAGAACAUCUUACCAAUGAGCUGGUAUUCAUAGAAAUAUCCAUUAUUUUGGGGACCAAGAACUUCAAUUCGAUGUUAUUAAUAUACUACCUGAUUCUUAUCUAUUAUCGUAGAUGUUUUAUUUCAAAAAAUGAGAUGGCGUACAGGUCACCAAAUGUUACCUUGCAAUCUGUCUUCAGUGGGAUUUAUAUAUGCACAUGAUUUUUAACUUGCCAAAUUAGAAUAGUGGAACUGUUAUCAAUCAGCUGGUAAAUCCUCUAAAGUGCAGGCUUACUAUUAUCUCCUUUUCCAGCUUAAAUGGUUCUUCUGAUAUGUUUAACCUUAGACUGCACUGCAUUAAUUUAAAGCAAUGUUGGAAGACAAAUUUUAUUAUAUAACUAGAGGUUCCACAACCUACAUAUCCAGACACCAUCUGAUUUGUUGAGUUUGUCUCAUGAACAAGAUGUUCUGGCUCAGUUUUAGGGACAAAUCAGAUUCUGUGGUUGUUACGAAUGAUAAACUAUGGAUGGAGCUCUCUGUAACCUGUUAGUCAUGUUUUCAUUCAUUUGUUGGAGUAGCCAGAUGAUAUUUGGGCUGCUGUCAGUUUUCAGUAAUAUUAAAACUAUAUUAAAAUUAUGAUACAACAAGAUAGUAAAAUCUGCUUCCCCAAAAAUAUUUUCAUUUGUUUAAAGGACAUCGUGAUAUAGGCUGCAUAAUAAAUAUUUCUACAUAGUUGUAGAAAUAACUUUUGUUCUUGAGUUAACAAGCUGUUCUACUAAAUCAUGCAAAAGUUAUAAUAAAACAGAGAUUAGCCCAAGUGAAUUUUUGUUAUAUUAAAACAUAUUUUGACAAACCAUAUCAAACAUGGAAUUUAUCUCUUCCACAAAUAUCAGAUUAGGGAUUCUGAUUUGCUCUUCUGAAUAAAGCAGAGCUCCAAGUUCACAUGAUUUACUCAGUGAGCAAGGAGGUCCUUUUGAUAAUCUAGACUCUGGAAUACUUGGCUUAUAUUGUAAUAAAGUAAAGUGAUAUGACAUGAUAAUAUACAGUAGAUCCUUUCAGAAAGAAUUACUCAAUCCAUGUGGUGGAAAAUGCCUUUCAUUUUUCUGGUUAUUCUCUAACAGCAUAUUUUAAAAGUUAAAAUUCUUUAGAGAUCUUAAGUAGAGCUUCAAUUCAAUAUAAUACUAUACAUGUAGCUUGCAGAUGUAUCAAUUUCCAAUGCAAUCCUUAUGAAACCAAUUGUGUUACAAAAAUAUAUGAUGAAGAAAAUGUUUUUACACUAUU